CUCUGGGCAAGUCCAAUGCUUUGCAGCGCGAUGCACCUUCCGUGGCCUUUGCCGCCAAAUGAAAGAUCAAUUGAUGACAUGCUAGUGCCAGAGAUUAUAGUACACUCACUGUAAACCAUGGAAGGCGCUCUUGUCUGCCUUUCUGAGAAGCCCCGUCUUACUUUCUGGUCCUCCCUCUGCUGUGGGAGCAGUCAAUUAGCCUCCCAUUCCGAUCAGGCCUUCGACGAACCUUUGUCAUCUUCAUCACAAUCUCCCUUGGUGGAGCUAUCUGGCCAGGAAAGCAGAAAUGGGCAUGCAGGCUCCAAGGUUGAGCAAGAAGAAAUCAAGCAUGCACUGCUUAGGGAGGAUGGUAGUGAUGCUGCUGAGGCAGCAUUUGAGCACAAGCUGCUGGUAGGCAGCCGAGAGGAGCUGACCAGGCUUGUCCGGGAAAGGGGCCCUGCGUGCUGCAUUCUCUGGGUGCAGGGCAAUGCUCAGAAGCAUGCACGAAGAACCAGGCAAAAGGAGACUGCCUGGAGUUGGAAGUGGCGCAGGAGGUCCUCCAAGGUGGCCAUUGAGCCAGGCUACAAAGUUGGACCUGCCUCGGACGAAUCCGGACGAGCUGCGGACGAUUCCGCAAUAGAAGUGGGAAGCAGUGCAUCUGAAGAAGGGCAGGUCUGGGUCUCGUACAGACUGCGGUCUGAUGAGGUGUACCAUAGACCAGUCUUCAGCGGCAUCAAGGCCAGGGUUUUGGAGGAACAUGACACAGGGGUGAUCGGAAGCAAUCAUAGCACAACAGAGGCCGCGUCGAGUCAUGGCUUUCCAAGCCCGGACAAGAGCGGCGAGCUCCGUACGAUUGGCGGGCAUUCUAGUUCCAAGGGAGCUGACCUUACGCGCAAAAGGCGCGUGGGAGUGUGUGGGGAAGAAGCAUACGAGCGAUUACGAACCGCUUUGACGCCAGGGGGGUUUGUGGACCAGCUGCAUGGGGUUCUCGCUAACCUGGUUCUCAACCCAGCUUUUUUGGAGACUGAUGCGGGCCACCUGGAUUUGGGGGACGGCGCUUGGGAGGGUGUCGUGUUUGACGGGGAGUGCAUUCACACCCUUCCAGUUGGCAGGGGUGGCCAAGAGGUUCAGAUCGACUGGAAAGAAGGGAAGGUGUUGGCAGAUGGUGAGCGGAAAAGACAAAAGGCUGGCCGGGAUUCAAAUCUGGUUCCGGGGUCCUUGCCGGUUGGGGGAGGGCGUGACCGGCGACCUCCGGAUAAGAACCAGGUUACGGACCAGGUCGGUCAGAACCAGAGUCAGGACCAGGCGAAAGCUGGCAGAAAUUCUGGAUCUGGGGUAGCGAGCUCCCUGGCAAUUGAGUCCCUGGCGGCGCUGAGAGUCGCAUGCGCCUCCACCCCAAAAGAGCGCUGCGCGCUGUCGCAGCUCGCUAGCCACAUUCCUGCCCUCAAGGCACGGGGAAUUAUCACCAUGCUGGAGGCGGUGAGAGAGGACGAGGCACUGCUGGGGGGGGUGACGGGUCCCCUGAAUAGUGAGGGGGAUGGCGGAAGCGUGCGAAACAAGAGGAGAGCAGCGGAAGGUCGGGAGCCUGGGGGAUUCUGCUCGAACGGGGGUGCGGUGAGAGGAAUAACAGCGGGCGAAAAGCGGGAAGGGGAAGUUUCGGAAGCCUCAGAAUUUCAAGAGCCGGUGGGGGCAGAACAUUCGGAAGGAAGCUCAGCCGGGAAGAAGUCGAGCUCUGGGAUCAGCUCGGAACGUCCAAUGGCGCCACCGGUUGCGAGCUCGGAACGGAGCGCAAAGCAAUUCCGGACGCGCGCGGAUCGAAAAGGGGCGGCGGCGCGCGCGCUCAAUGCGGCAAUGCGGGAGCGGGUGUCGGUCAGUCUGCUGAAGCGCGCAGCAUGGGUGGAUCAAGGGGUUUUGGCGGCGCUAGCGGGGGCGGUGUUUGACGGGGAGCUAUUUCAGAGGCUGUGCCAGGAGCGGGCUCUUUUGGCGGAAGUCACGGGUGGCGGGGGGGUGGACUCAAGGUCUGCCAGGAGUCGAAGGGAAGGGGGGGUGAGAGGAGAGCGACGGAGCGGGGCGGAGACUGCACGGACAGCAGUGGUCGUGGAUGAAGAGGACGAGGCGCGUUUGGUCGAGUACGUGGCGGCUCGUUGCUGCUGGCUCGUGGAAGCGUCCGCAGGCAAGGCGACCCGCCUCCUCGGACGGCUCGUCGCGUCCAAACUCGAAGAGCUGACGUCGAUGCUGACGUCGCGCACGGGUCAAGAAGAGCUCUCGGGCCCCGUCCGCCGCGUCGUCAGCUUCCUCUGCGCCCUCCAGCGCGCGUCUCCGUGGACAACAAGGCCUCUCAUCCAAGCCGGAGCCGUGCCCGCCCUUUUUGGUCUGUACGGACAGCUCUCCGCGGGCGCUUUCGGACCGUCCGGCAUUCACGUCACGUCCGACCGUCCGAGAGAGGGCCCCGACGGCUCCCUAUUGCCUGGCUCGGUGAAUCGUACCGGGCCAAACAGAGCGGGAAAGCUGGGCAGAAAUCUGCGGUCGGGGGGCCAAACUGGCGGCCAUCGGGAUGAAGCCCGGCGUUCGGACGUCAACGGAAACGGUGCGGAAUUUCGGACGGUCGGAAGCAAAAGCGUCGAACGGGAAAGCUUGAGAAACAAGGUCCUGAGCGCGUUGCUGUGUUUGCUGACACGUGGCACGCCGCGGUUGGCGCUGGAGGAGGGGGCGGUGGCGGGCUGGAUGCGGGCGUUAGUGGACGGAAUGGUUGGUUCCGUUCUCGCAGCGGAAGAGGGGAGCCGCGGAGAGGCGGCCGGAGCGCGGCGGGAGCGAAGCGAACAGAUUGAAGGAACGCAUCGAAGCGCGGCACAGGACGUUAUUGUCUGCACCGAUUCGACGAUGAAAAUCGUGAAGCGGCUAGACGAGCUCGGGGCGGCCGCUUCUGAGGCUCUUUGGAAAGAGAUGAACGGGCGCUUAGCAGCCGGCUUGGGGCUGUUCACACUUGAGGCAGACGGUCUGGGGAAGCUGCCCGAAAGGAGCAGUGGGAAAAGCCGGGCAGGGGCGGAAAAGCAGACGGAAUCUAGCAAGGAAACGGCUGAAGUGAAAGCGGAAAGAUCCGAGAACGGGGACGCUAGUCGGGGGCAGGUUUGCAAGGAGGAGACGAGGGAAGCUAUUGAGGUUGCGCGGGGCGGAAAAGAGCUGAGGGCCCUUUUCCGAGUUCUCCGGGAGCUGUUACAUGGGUCCGGUGGCCACAGAUUAGCAGUUGAGAUAGUGGGGCGUUGUGGAGAGAGUCUACUCGCGGGGGGUCGCUUCCUGGCGGAAAUUGUAAACGCGCCGGGCAGCACGGAGCGUCCGAAUGUCGCUGCAGACCGUCCGGCGAUCAUUCCAGACCGUCCGGUGACACCAUCGGACCGUCCGGCGGUCGCUCUGGACCGUUUGACGACGUCCUCCGACCGUGUGAAGGCUGCUCCAGAGUUCUUCUCCAAACAAUCGGAUCGCCCAACAAGCGGAGCUGAAAUGGAAAUUGCGGCUGCGUCUUCUGAAGUGCCAGAUUGCGCAUUUGCAUUCCCGCUGGCGUCGCAGCUCGUGAUCCCGUACGUCGACCUUCUCGCCGCCGUCAUGGGUUUGAUCCCUAAGCGGCCCCGGUUAGAAGCCCCGGCCGCGUGUGAGCCGCUCAGGAGCAGGGCAGAGUGCCCGGUAGAGCUAGCUGCGCUUACCGAAAAGAGCUCUGGUGGGUUGGAAGGGGAAAAGUCACCCACUGUGACGAGUAGGGAAAAAGCUUCGGAUACUGGAAAAGCCGAGUUGAACGAAGAGGGCUCUGGAGAGUUAAGAGGGGAAGAAACAGCCACCGUAUCGAGUGCGGGAGGCGCGUCGGAAAGCGGAACUGCGGAAGAGCGGAACGGCGCCGAUGUGCUGUCUGGGUUUCUGCUCGAGGCUCUCGGAGGGGCCAAUCUUGGCGGGGGUGGAGAGCUGGGUGCUUCGUCAGGGGGCGAUGCACCAGCCAAAGUGGCCGGGAAAGGAUUCCCUGGAACCUCCAAGCAACCACGCUCGGUUGCUUGCCUGGUGCCGUUUGCCGUGGACUGCCUGACCGGAACGAGGAACGGAACUGAGACUGAAGCGGAACGGAGCAGAGGAGAUCCAGACACGGUGCAAAAGGCUGCGGACAUCGUCGGGAGCGUCCGGCGGUUUCUAGAGCAAUCGGUGGAGGAAACUCAGGGCGGCAGAGGAGGGUGGAUAUGGGCGGUGUUACUGCCCUGGUUGGAUCCCGAAGGAGGAGCCGCCCUCAGAAUCCUGCGACGGGAUGCGAACGACGUUUUGCAGAAAGAGGUUCUCUUGUUGGUGGAGUUUGCCUUCAGCUUGGGGGCCGUUUCUAAAGCCGAUGAUCCAGAACAAGCCGCUCGGGGCUUUUUAGUUCCGGCGGAAGGCAGCCCGGUUUUAAUAAAUGGCCCCCCCAACCCCUUCCACGUUCCUCUUUUCACCGACGCCUUCCUGGAGCACCACGUGGCCGCCGCUCUGCGACUGCUGACGUCACCCCAAUCGGACGCUGCCACGUGUCCCAGUCCACCCGGGCUGGCUUCCCGGUGCCAGAUGACGUCAGCGGAGCUUUGCGCGCUGCACUUGCGGGUGGUGACGGCUAUUGCCCGGGGAAAAUUACCGGGCGCUGUUUCGAAGCUGUAUCAGCUCGGCGUGAUGGGUCGGUUGGUGGAGCAGAUUGGCCUGGAGCACGAGUCGACUCUGGUCGCCCUGCCGUCGCCCCUUUCAGGGCUGAAAAGAAGCGCGAUUAGCCUGAAAUUGGGCGACGGUCUGGCAAGCAGGGGACAAAACGGGGAAUUGAACAUCUCGUUGGACAAACCGAAAGCGGGUGCAGUCUUGGAGGAGGGGGGAGAAGAGGGAUUGGCAGAGAAACUCAAGCACGACUUGGAGAGCGAAAAAGGGGGCGACCAAAGAAAGGAAGAGAGGGUGGAUAUAGCGAAGUAUUCCGCCAGGAGCGUAACGGAUGCUAGGGCGUCCGGGGGAAACGUUACACCAGUGGUGCCGCGACUCCGUCUCGGCACGCUUCAGUCUCCAACGACAGGUGUCAAGCCGUUGAGUCCCAUCAAGGCGACAGCUGGCAAGUCGGCCCGCCUCGCGAGCCCCGGAAAAGCUCGCGCCUCUAGUUCCCGGAGGGGUUCCCUCGGCGACAAGGAGAACGUCGCUGUGGACGGCACUAGAGCGGUGGGAGAAAACGGCGGCGGCUCGGGAACGAGAGCGGGCGUAAAACUGCCAAAGCUGGCCCUUUCAAAGCUGCCGGCAAAUGGCGACGGGGGCGGUGCGAAGUCUCCUAUCCGGGGGGUUCUCAGCCCGGGCGAUUCGGGGGGGGUGCAGAUGAGCGCGUGGAGCAGCCGGCUGUACGCCAAGGACCCAAGCCGGAAGCACCUCCUGAGCCCGGUUCCGGCUAUCCCAGAGCGGAACUCAGCGGAGUCCGUUCUCGCGACCGGAAAAGCCAUAUCUGCUCGAGGGGCUCGCAGCCGGAGGGAGCCGUUGCCGAGAAGUCUGACGGCCAGGGUUUCGCUUCCUUCGCAAGAAGCCGUAUUAACACCGCUGUCCGCUCGUAAGCCGGGCGCGGGAUCGGUGAGCUCUCGAAAGGACACGUGGCACGAUCUGAACGACGAGGUGGAGCGCCAGAUGGGCGUAUCGGACCCCUCGAGCGAUUCCGACGCGUCCGACGGAACCUGUUCGGACUCAGAGCCCGAGGGAGAUCCCCCGCUGGCCGUCGUGCCUCUGCGCCACAGUGACGUCGUCCGGCUCGAGAACGACGUCGCGCAUGACGUCAUUGGGGACAAGAUUCGGUCCACGAUGAGCCUCGAGAGCAGCUGCAGCAACGUGUGGGACGACGACGACAAGGAGAGCUCGUGGGAGAGCCGUUCGAUGGGCAGCGCGCGGAUCGCAGCCGUCGGAUUGGGCGGCGCGCAAAUGACGGCCGUCGCAUCGGCGCCCGCGAAACGAUCCGAGCCGUUCAUGGCGCGAGUGGAGCGGGAAGCGUUAGCCGGGGCUUUGAACGCCUCUGCCUUUGCGGGCGAAGAGGGUCGGACUUUUGGGUUAGGAAAGCUGGGAACUGAGGCCGGUGUAAAACCUGUCAGGAUUGAAAACUUGGGGGCUGUGGAGGGCGUAAAGGCUCUGGGGUUGGGAAAGGAGGAAGAUCCGGUUGGUGUGAAAACCCUCAACGCGCGGCCCGUCCCCCGCUUGAAGCUCCCGCUCGCGGCGCGGAAGGACCAGACACACAAGGACCCGCACCACGCCGCGCCAGCGGGCGGUUGGGUCAGCGUAACCAAACCCGUGACCGAGGUCGCUAACCCGCCUCUAAACGGCGCCCCUGUUUCUGAAAUUGGCGGCCGUUCCGAAAGCGGAUUCGGUCCCGUCCAGUCUGAAGUUAAGCCGACCUCUCUAAAAGGUUUAUCAGGGCCCAUCGACAAGGUGCCGAAGCUGUCCCUGCCAACGCGGGACGGACACGUGUCAGCAGGAGAGAGGCCGGAAGAACGCGGCUCGGGAGAUGGGCGGUCGGUCCGCGAGGCGAAAAGGAUUGCCGCGCACUACGAGGCGCGGCGCGCGGGGCGGAUGCUGUACCGCGAGGAGGGGCUCCACGUGGCGGUCCUGGAGCUGAUACUGUGCAUGAUGACGUCAGCGGAGGGCGACCUCGAACCGCUGUACUCCGACAACCUGCCGACUGCCAACCGCCGCCUCAACGCCCCCUUCUUCCUCUUCCACCACCUGAACCACCCGGCGAACGCGCAAGCCCUCCAAACCCUGUGCGCGCGCGCGCGUGCCCUGGGCGCGCCCGCCGAGCGCAUCCUGCGCCUCACGUGCCAGCGCCUUUUCACACCGGGGGCGUUUCCCACCGAGGGCCGGCAGCGGAUCGCGGAAGGGGCGUCGGCGCACGUGGUGCGCUGCCGGGCGCCGGCUUAUAUACGGAGGACGCCGGGUUAUGGGGCAGGGCGGGCGUCUGGGGAGCUUAACCCGGCUUUAGAAAACGGGUUAGAGGAGCCUGUAUGGGUUGCGCUGAAGAUGGUUAACGUGCCGGGGAGUGUUCACGACCCGUGCGUCUUCCACGACCUCUACUCCGAGGUCGCCAUCCUCGAGAAGCUGAAGGGGGAUCCCUCCGCCUGCCAGCUGUACGACUACGGCGUCGACGAGAACUGCUACUACCUCGUCCUGAAGCACUACCCGUGUAGCCUAAAGGAAUGGCGCCUCAGGCGUGAAUUCAGGCCCGCCGCAAAAUCCUCUAGAGGUUCAGCGGAACCCUCUAGCGGUGCCGCCGGCCAAGGAACCUCUAGCGGUUCGGCGGAACCGUUUAGAGGUUCCCACGGGCGGCAGGAGCUGGGGCUCUACUUAGAGGUUUUCGCGGCGGUUCUAGAGGCGGCGAGUAACGUGGCGGAGAAAGGGAUCAUCCACUUCGACCUCAAGUGCGACAACGUUCUGCUGGAGCCGUUGCCGGGGGUCUCGGAAGAGCGAUUCUGGGGCCCCCCCCUAAGUUGCGGCAGCUCAGCCGUCGAUUCUUCACUCAUUGAGGCUACAGCCGUUGAUUUCGCGACUGAUCCGUCCUCAGCCGUACAGACAGCAGAGAACCGCGAAUUAGAAAUGAACCCGGUUCAGUCCAAGCAGGGAAACCCCUCCAAGGCACCCGUUUUAGAACCGGCCCCCCGAUCCCGAUCUGUACAUAAGUUCCUCCGAAGGCUCUCUUCUAAACCGUCCAACCGGGCCCUUCAAACGGCAGUCCAAAGUCAGGUGCUGAAUCCAGUUUCAGAAAUCCUCCCUUUGAGUCACCCAGCAAUCCCGGUUAGCGACGGGGUUAAGCCGCGGGGUUACGCCCUGCCCUUCCGAGUCGUUCUGGCGGACUUUGGGCAGAGCAAGAUCUGCCGUCAGUCUGACGUCAGCGGGGGCGUCACCGUCCGCAAUCGUGGCACGGAGUUUGUGAAGAGUCCUGAGAUGCUCACGGUGUUCCACGCGGCGCGGGCCUCCGAAGCGGGGGGACCGAAGAAAUUGGGUGCCGGCAAAGAGAGCGACGUGUGGUCGCUGGGCUGCUUGCUGUACGAGUUGCUCGUGGGCGAUUUCCUCUUCUACGACGAGGACUGGGUGCGCUUCUUCAUCCGGGUUACGUCCGCUAACCAGGAGCUCAUCUCGUCAGAGAAGGCUGCGAAGCUCGGCAACGAUCCGGCGAUCCUGGAUUUUCUCCGGUUCGCACUGGUGCAAGACCCGUCGAAACGCCCUUCCCUUGCGCAACUCGUAUCCAGAUUCGACGGCGUCCGUGCCGCACACAAGGCACGGUAG